AUGGAUUUCGAAAUAGAAGAACUCAUAACAGAUUACCUUGAAUGGCAAGUGGCGAAUCACGGCAAGGGAGAAAGCGUACUGGCUGCCUGGAAGAAGACUUUCGCUCCAAAGGUUCAUACAACAACCAAGAAGUAUGUGGCAAUCCGAAAGAGUGAACAAAUGAAGUCUCUCGCACUGUUUUUAGACAGAGGAGAUGCUUUAGCCUGUGUGCCAACCAUCGGUGAUUCUGAAAAGGAUGACAUUUGUGUCAACAAGGAGUUCUCUUCAUUCUGUGAAGCUCUGAUGUACAUGGCGGGGAACUCCAGCAAGUCAAAUUCGAAUUCGAAUGGAGCAAUACAAGAAGAACUCAAGGAAGACAACAACCCCGUGAAAACUGACGCUCCGCAUGAAAAUUCCAACGAGACUACUACGACAACUCCAGUAGCUCAAAUCGAUACCGAUAAUGAAAAUGGCCCAGACGACGACAAGAAACGCGAUCGACCGCCUGAGCCUGAUGGAGAUGCCUCGGAACCAAGUGCAAAGAAGAUAAAGUCCGAGGAUAUUGUCAAAGAGAGUGCAAGUCCGGAGACUCCCCAGAGCUCGGUAGAACCCAAUCCCAAUGCUCGACAGAAAGUCAGGUUAUGGAGGCAACGCUUUUCAGAACUAGCAGCCUUGUGGGACGGGGAAACAGUUGUGUAUCAAUCAGACAUCGGAAACAACAAAUCACUCGCGAAUUGGGUAAAGCACCAAAGAAAACUCUUCAAGAAGGGUGACAUAUCAGCAGAAAGGAUGAGCAGACUAGAAUCGAUUGGUUUUAAGUGGAUCGGGAAGAAUUCCGUUGUUUUGUCAAACCAACCACAAAGCGAAGGGGGGUUUGGAGUUGGAAAAGUUGCUUCAAUCAAUUUAGCCAAGAAAAGACAGCAAUGGAACGACCCAAAUGACGCGUGGGCGGUCCUUUGGGAAAAGCGGUACCAGGAGCUCGUUGAAUACAAGAAGCGUUUCGGCGAUACCAAAGUUCCCAAAGAAUGGGCAGAAAACAAACAAUUGGCUGGCUGGGUUCGGAAACAGAGAGAGCAGUAUCGCAGGGAAGCAGCAGGGGAGCAGACAGCACUCACAGACGAGCGGAAAGAGAAACUGUUUGAGAUUGGGUUCGUUUGGAGCCUAAGGCCUGGUCGACUGAAGAAUCCACUACCGCCACCGCCAGAGCCAUCUGGCGGCCAAAAUUGUAUAAUGGGAAAGGAAGACGAAAGCCGUGAUGUCGAGCCUUAUUCCGUUGACAAGAAUGGGUAUCUAAUAAUCUAA